AUGUCAAAGAGUAGAACUGUUACUGGAUCCUUGGAUCAAAAAAUCUACAAUUUAAUCCAUGAUUUACUUCAGGAGCAGACAGAAGAAAACAAGAGAGCAGCUACCGCAGACGAAGAGCAUGAUCCAUUUUCGUGCAUGGCUUCAUCUCAUAAUCUCACUGUUUCCCAGGUGUUGGCUUACGUACAGAUGAAAGAUUUUCAAUUGAAAAGAAUGAAGAAGAAUUACCUUGAAAAGUCGAUAGCAGCCAGUUUAAAAGUAAUUCGUCAAGAUGAGACAGAAGAGUUCGGAGAUCGUGAGAAUGGCAUCGGAGAUGAAUCAGAAGCUGAGAAUGAUAGAGAGUGUGAGAAUGACUUGAUGGAGGUCAAAGACCUGAAUGCGAUAAACAAGUCCGUUGUUUCUUUAUGGAAUCAGGAAAAGACUGAUGGUGAAUCUGAUGGUGUAAACAAUGAAGAGGGCCAGCAAGCAGAUACCACAGAGCUACUUAAGGGAAACAAAAGAAAGGCAAAAGGUCUGGCAAAAACUCAAUUGAAAAAGCAAAAGAGAAAAAUCGACUACUCUACUCCCAAUAUAGAUUUAUCGUCUUUAGGAGGGGUGGAGAGUGUCACGACCCAGUUGUUAGAAAUCAUUGGACUCCCAAUUUUACAUCCAGAAAUAUAUUCUUCUACAGGAGUGGAACCACCAAGAGGAGUACUUUUGUACGGCCCUCCGGGAUGUGGUAAGACAACCAUUGCCAAUGCUUUGGCUGGCGAAUUGAAGGUGCCAUUCAUUAAUAUUUCUGCCCCCUCGGUUGUCUCAGGAAUGUCAGGUGAAUCUGAGAAAAAACUAAGAGAGAUAUUUGAAGAAGCCAAACAGAUUGCUCCUUGUCUAAUAUUCAUGGACGAAAUUGAUGCUAUUACACCAAAACGAGAUGGAGGAGCUCAGAGGGAAAUGGAAAAGAGAAUAGUAGCGCAAUUGUUAACCCUAAUGGAUGAAUUGACAUUGGAAAAAACAGGUGGUAAACCUGUUGUUGUUAUUGGUGCAACAAACAGACCCGACUCCUUAGAUUCAGCGCUUCGACGAGCAGGUAGGUUUGACAGAGAAAUUUGCUUAAAUGUGCCGAAUGAAGAGCAGAGAAUCUCCAUUCUCAAAGCGAUGACGAAAAACAUCAAACUCGAGAAUGGUGAGCAUUUCAACUAUAGAGAGCUUUCCAAAUUGACUCCAGGUUAUGUUGGUGCAGAUCUCAAGAGUUUGGUCACUGCUGCAGGUAUAAGUGCUAUUAAGCGAAUUUUUGAAACAAUGAGCGAAUUGCAAGAAGAAUCACAUCUGGUCAAGGAUGAUUCCAUGGAUGUGGACCCCGUUAGCUUAGACGCAAAUAAAGAAGACAUGAUCAAGAAAUUUGAGCAAAAAUCAGAGGCUGAAAAGUUGUCAACCAUUAAAAAGUUUUUAAACAUGCAUCCAGAUCCAUUGAAUCAAGAACAAUUGGCACCUUUGGCUAUCACGUAUCAAGAUUUUGUAAAUGCACUUCCCAGUGUCCAGCCCAGUGCCAAGAGAGAGGGAUUCGCAACUAUUCCAGAUGUCACAUGGCAAAACGUGGGCGCUUUAUUCAAGAUCAGAAUGGAAUUGCAUAUGUGUAUAGUGCAGCCAAUCAAAAAGCCUGAGUUGUAUUUGAAGGUUGGUAUUGCUGCUCCAGCUGGUGUUUUGAUGUGGGGACCUCCAGGUUGUGGUAAAACGCUAUUAGCUAAAGCUGUUGCUAACGAAUCCCGCGCAAACUUUAUUUCUAUAAAAGGACCAGAAUUAUUGAACAAGUAUGUCGGGGAGUCUGAAAAGGCUGUGCGACAAGUUUUCCAAAGAGCUCGAGCCUCUACGCCGUGUAUUAUUUUCUUUGAUGAGUUGGAUGCGUUGGUCCCAAGGAGAGAUACUUCAAUGUCAGAGUCGAGCUCUAGAGUCGUUAAUACUUUAUUGACAGAAUUAGAUGGUUUGAAUGAUAGAAAAGGAGUAUUUGUCAUAGGUGCCACUAAUAGACCAGAUAUGAUUGAUCCCGCAAUGCUUAGACCGGGUAGGCUUGACAAGACUUUGUACAUUGAAUUACCCACUCCUGAGGAGAGAUUGGAAAUUUUGAAAACAUUAGUACGCACCAACAAUAGUCCCUUGCACAGAAAUGUUGAUUUGAAUGCGAUUUCGAGAGACCCCAGAUGUGGAAACUUCUCUGGUGCAGAUUUGUCUUCAUUGGUUAAAGAGGCAGGGGUCUGGGCUUUGAAAAAGAGGUUUUUCCAAAACCAAAAAAUACAAGAAUUGGAUAGUUCUGGAUUCUAUGAAGACUCUAUUGGUGAAGAUGACAUUUCUAUUACUGCUGAAGAUUUUGAUCAUGCUCUUUCUUCCAUUAGACCCAGUGUUAGUGACAGAGAUAGGAUGCGUUAUGAAAAGCUAAACAAAAAGUUGGGCUGGAAUAUAAUCUCUGAUAAAGAGCCUGAUGAUGCUGGUAGUACAUCUGAUAAAAACGAUUAA